CUAUAGGGAGGAGAUUGUAAAGGAAACAAUUGAACAGGCCACCAAAUUGGUUCGAGUAGUUGCAGAUGCUCUUUUCAAUUUGCCUUCGACGGAGGAUCCUGACUGCCCCCUGGUCAAAUUGCCACCACCUACUGCCAAAUUGCCAAGAGAAAAACUGCUUCCGAAGCCUAGACCUCCUACACAGUGGGAAGUGUUUGCCCCACAUAAAGGUAUUCAAAAGCGGAAGAAAGAGAAAAUGGCCUAUGAUGAGCAAACCGGUACCUGGAACAGGCUCCAUGGUUAUGAUCGUGUUAAUGAUGAAAAUGAUAUACCAAUCAUUGAGGCCAAGGCUACUGAUGAGAAGAAAAACAGAGUUGACAAACAGGAGGGUAAUCGAUUGAAGAACCUGAAAAAUGCUCAGAAAGCAGGUGCCUUGCCAAGUCAUAUUCAACUUGCUGCGACUGCCUUACCUAUGACAGGAACGCAAUCACAGCCUAAGAGAGUUAGCAAAGAUGUGUUACAAAAUGUAACUGGCAUGGCAGCAACUGCAACAGCGAGCGGUGGGAAAUUUGACAAGAAAUUGCCAGGGGUCUGAAGCAUGAAAAGAAAUAUAGGAAGUACCUACCUGCCGUGGAAGGAUCAGGAAUGGGCAGUGGUGGGGGGAGAGGGGACAAUGGGGGAAAUAAAAUAAAAAGUGAUGAGAAAACAAUCCGAUCUUCGACAAUUUAUGUCCAAAAGGAGAAAAACUCAUGAUAGUUCAAGCUCUCCGGCUUCAAGCUCUCUACCUUCAAGCUCUCCGGCUUCAAGCACUCCACUUUCAAGCUCUCCACCUUCAAGCUCUCCGGCUUCAAGCUCUCUACCUUCAAGCUCUCCGGCUUCAAGCUCUCUACCUUCAAGCUCUCCGGCUUCAAGCACUCCACUUUCAAGCUCUCCACCUUCAAGCUCUCCGGCUUCAAAUUCAAUUGGUAUUGUAUCUCCUUCAGAUGCUAGUGUGCCAUUACAUGAGGAAGAAUUGAUUUAUGAUAUCGAAAAACUUCAUCAUGAUCCUAUUAGAAGAACCGAUAUAAUGAAAUAUCCUCCAAAUGAGCGAGAUACAAUUAGGAGGGCGUAUAUUCUUAGAAAACCUUGUCAGCCAAGAACUUUUUCUUUUCCUCAAAAAGAAGUUGGAGGUUCGUGUCGUCGAUUUAUGGUUUCAUGGUUUGAUAAAUGGGAUUGGCUUGAAUAUAGUAUGGAUGAAGAUGCUGCAUUUUGUUUUGUAUGCUACUUGUUCAAAAAUGAAGUUGGACAUGCGGGGGGUGAUGCAUUUGUGAAUAAAGGAUUUAAGUCGUGGAAUAAGCCGGAACGAUUUAUAAAACAUAUUGGUGGAGUUAAAAGUGCUCAUAAUAUUGCUUAUGAGAAAUAUGUGAACUUGAGGGAUGGCAAAAAGAAAUCGAUUUUGGUUUCUUUAGAUAAUGUUAGUGAUGUGAUUAACAACGAA